AUGCCCUGGCCACCAGUGGUGAGCCAGCGAGACAGGACCCCGUGCGCGCUGACCCGGGGACGCCACGGAACUUGCUCGCAAUUCCUGCUCACAGCACGUUUCCUGUUCGGAAACCAGGAGAGCCUCCACAGAGGUCAGCUCAGCGUCCAGGAGGGGGUGCCUGCCCCCGAGGAGGCCACGGACGUGCCUGGGAAGUUGCUGCUGGAGAAGUGUGCUCUGAUGUGGCCACACUUGGGGACGCGGGCUCCCCAGAGGCCCAAGCGAGAAAGCCGGGGGUUCCCAGGCUGGGGGUGCAGGACGGGUCAGGCACUGCCCUGCAGGGCCCGCCCCCCUGCCCCUGCACCCUCACACCCAUCUUCCUCUCUCAGCCUGACCCCAGGGCCUGGGAGCCCCCGGCAGACCGGCCCUCCUUUCCAAACAGUGGCUGCCCUUUAUGGACUCGGCGCCUGGCAGAGCCACUGUGGAGGAGGAGUUGGCUGUCAUGGUCAGGGGAGGCAGCCCUUGGGUUGUCAAGGUUGGUGGUCAACGUUGAAGCCAUAUCUGCUGGAAUCUCCCGGUCUGUUCCACACACGAUCAUGCGGGAAGCUCUGGGACCCGAAGGCUGUUUUGAUCUUGGGGGUCACAAGUUCUCACAGCAGCCUGGGGUCACCAGGGAGCAGACCCGGCAUUAGCCUCUGUAAGGAGCUGCCUGGCUGCUGGGCUGAGCUUUGUUGCAGGCCCAGGAAGAUGACCAAGAAGGACAGAGCAGAGCCCCAUCCACCACUGCUGGGAGGGCCCGAGGGAGCACGUGCACAGCAGAGCCCCAUCCUCCACUCCCUGGGCUGGAAGAGGCUUCCUCGGUGUGGAUGGCAGCUGUUAACGAGCAGUGGUGGUGCAGCUGGAGGCCUCUGUCCCAUGGGGCACAGACAGGGGAAGGAUGGCGGACGGGUGUACAUGCUUGGGAGGACGGGCGGGCGGCAUAGGCCUGAGCAGGUGGCGUGGGCGCACGAGAAGGGUGUGUCUGACACAGGAUGUUUAUCCCAAAUGCCAGGAGUGGACGAGGCGGACGAGUGGCAGUGAGGUAGGCAUGUGAGGUUGUUGCCUGGCCCACUCUGCCGACCCCAGAAACCCAGCGGCCUGGGCCCAGCACCCGGAUACACAUGGGGCUGAGCCGGCAAUCUCCUUGGCACCUGGGGACAGUCGCUUCCUCAGUUUCUGCGUACCGACUGCCUCACCUGACACGCGGCCUGGGCGCGAGAGAAGCCAACCAGGUGCCUGAGUUGACUGACUGUUUACGCCCUCCAACCUCCUCCCUCCGCCCUCCAACCUCCUCCCCUCCGCCCUCCAACCUCCUCCCUUCACCCUCCAAUCCCCUCCGCCCUCCAACCUCCUCCCUCUGCCCUCCAACCUCCUCCCUCCACCCUCCAACCUCCUCCCUCUGCCCUCCAACCUCCUCCCCUCCGCCUUCCAACCUCCUCCCUCCACCCUCCAAUCUCCUCUCUCCGCCCUGCAACCUCCUCCCUCUGCCCUCCAACCUCCUCCCUCUGCCCUCCAACCUCCUCCCUCCGCUCUCCAACCUCCUCCCUCCGCCCUCCAACCUCCUCCCUUCACCCUCCAAUCCCCUCUGCCCUCCAACCUCCUCCCUCUGCCCUCCAACCUCUUCCCUCCGCCCUCCAACCUCCUCCCUCCGCCCUCCAACCUCCUCCCUCUGCCCUCCAACAUUCUCCCUCCUCCCUCCACCCUGUUUCCUCCCUCCACCUCUUCUUUCCUCCCUCCACCCUCUUCCUUUUACCCUCUUCCCUCUGCCCUCUUCUUCUGCCCUCCUCCCUCCACCCUCUUUCCUCCCUCCUCCCUCUACUCUCUGCCCUCCUCCCUCCGCCUUAUCUGGCAUCGGGGUCUUGGUCCUGGGCUGGAGGCAGACCCUGGCCCGGGCGAGGUUAAAGGCACUGCAGGUGGGCGGCAUCAUGAUGUCCUGAAGCUUGCUGCGCCCGGUGCCGUCGGCCGGCUGAAGGCAGAAACAGUCACAGCACCUGCAGCUAUGGAAGGCGACGACCGAAAAUCUAAUGGGCACCUUGAUGUCAAGUUUCCAAGACCAAAGGCAAGAACAGUCAGAUCAAACUUCCGAAGAGUCAGAGAAACUAAGCGUGACCUAGAGGAGGGAGAAGGUCCUUCCGCUGUCUCCUGCAGAGCGUCUGUCGCACGUAUGAGGUGAAAUCCACACUGUCCCAUGAAGACUGUGAGGGGAGUUGCUGCCCGCACACGGCCCAGGAGCGCCAGCAGCUUGGGGACCACCACAGGCCUCAGGGUCUCUUCAGUCCGACGGGUCCAGCUGUCGAUAAAAUUUCCCGGGGAAGGAGUAAAGGACAACCAAGAACCUGAACUGCAAAAGUAUGAAAAACAUUUCAUUUCCCUCAAGUUCUCCACACUUUAGGUCUGCAGUGCCUUGGGGGUGACUGAUGGCCCUCAGUGAGACGGGGUGGCCAUGUGCUUCUAAAAGUGAAAAGGAGCAAGUGUGGUUAGAGUCAGGGGCAUGGUUAGAGCCUGGAGUAUGGACGUCCCGUGGACCGCUGGCCCAUGGCCUGGCUUGGGGCCUUACAGGGGAGCGAGUUGAGUGCAUGCAGGGGAGGGCCCGUCUUUCUACAGUGUGUUUCUUGUUUUUGAGACAGACUCACUCUGUCAUCCAGGCUGGAGUGCAGUGGCACGAUCUCGGCUCACUGCAACCUCUGCCUCCCAGGUUCAAGCAAUUCUCCUGCCUCAGCCUCCUCAGUAGCUGGGAUUACAGGCACCUGCCACCACGGCUGGCUAAUUUUUGUAUUUUUUUUUUAGUAGAGAUGGGGUUUCACUAUGUUGGUCAGGCUGGCCUCGAACUCUUGACCUCAGGUGAUCCACCUGCCUUGGCCUCCCAAAGUGCUGGGAUUACAGGCAUGAGCCACAGCGCCCGGCCCUGCCCUGCUUUUCUACAUCACCACUGUCUUGUCAGUUAGCUCGGCUCAGGCAUUGCAUGCCUGAUCUGUAUCUUUGGGAAUCCUGUGAGCUAAUGGUUCUAGAUCCAAAAGAAUGGAUAAAGAGACUGUUUCAGGUUCCCGAAAUUAUCCAGGCACAUUCUGUGUGCUACUGAACUUCAGAAAGUACCAGUCCAUCCAGUGUGCAGAGGCUGGUAAGUAAAACAGGCCAGCCGUGGGCACAGACAGUUUCACUAGAGGCCCCGGGGCAGAGGGUGUUCUCCAGCUCUUCCAGGGCGGGGCUCAUCUGUUCCUGGGCCAGAGGUGGGCCUGUCUGCAGGCUUGUAAGGAUGGGGAGACGCCAGCCUGGCCCAUGGGCUGUCCACACCCACCCCCCGCAGACCGCGCUGCUGUCUGGAGGGGAUGUCACCACUUCCUCCUGGCCUCGGGUGCACAGGUGAAACAUGAAGAAGCUAUUGGGGCGGAAAAUGGCUCUCACCAGGCUGCUCUCGGGUUAAUGAAAACUCAUCAAAUUCUCCAUGCAGCAGCAGCCAGCUGGGCACAUGCUGUCCUGCCCUGCCCGACUGUGUGGAGGGAAGCAGGUCCCCUGGGCCUGGGCAGAGGGACUGCGUGCCUGUCAGGGAAGGCCGAGGCUCCGGACAGGCGGGAAGCAGCCUUCUCCUUAAUCACCCCAUGUGGAAACCAAUUAAAGAUUCGAUUCUCUCAGACCCGGGGCAUUUUAGCCUUGGUUGAAUCCUCCUGGAAUUCACAGGGAAGUGGCUUUGCCCUCUGCCCUCGCUGCUGGAAGGCAAGGGGCUGUUCUCGGCUUGGUUUUCUAGGUUGUGUUGGGGCAGGAGCUGACGGCCCCUAGGCCUAGAUCUCUGCACGACUUCGCUCAGGGACACCUGCCUCCGUGCAUGUCUCAUGGUGUGAAUGUGUCUCCUGCUCACAGGUACCGUUUUGUGUCAUGCAGUUACUGGAAUGUACAAAAGCAGCUGUGAUCUUUCUGAGAGCUGCAAAGAGCAGGAGUCUUUAUUUGGUUCACUUCUGGUCUGCAGCAACCCCUUGAUACUAAAAAAUGGAAAAGAUGUACAAAAAGAUGUCACAGCCCUUUAGAAAGCGACAUUAUCAGAAAUGUAUGACCUUCAGUCCUCCCUCCCUCUCCUAUGCCCCCACCAGACCAGGCGGCGAGAAGGAACAGGGAGUGAACAUACAACGGAAAACAAUAAAACUGAAUUUAACUGGAA